GUGGAGGCUGGCGCAGGUGUGUUCGUCCGGGCCGGCGGAUCCGCCGCCAUCCGCGCUGCUGGGGCCCGGGACCCCGAAAGCUGGGGGUGAAGGGACAGUCCGGGUGGUGUGGAGUCGUGCCCGAGGACCGGGGCAUGUGGCGGCUGUCGGAAUCUGCGUGCUUUGCUAGCGCAGCAGGCCGGAGCUGAGGUAGAGACCUCGAAGGAUGCUGAGCUGCGACUUUUGAGUACCAGAGCAAACUGAAACAUGACUGAUACAGAUGAAUCCCAGGGUUCUGGCUCUGAUUACUCUGAUGCCCAAGAGCUAAUCAGCCAUCAGCAGGAGGAGCCAUCUGAGGUGUGUUCAUGGCAAAGAAGUACAGGAGCAGAGCAGUCAAGGCAGAAGGUGGCUGCUUCUGGGGAGUCUUCAGACCAUCCUAACAGCAUGUGUAAAUCAUCAGCUGCUUCAACUGAGGUUUUACUGAUCAGCAGUGAUUCAGAAAGUGAUGUCUCUGCUGCUCGUCCUGAGUGCUCCAUUGCACCUUCAAAGCAGAAAAGGCGAUCUCAGUCUUCAAGGCAGCAAGCUGAAUCUGUUACACUAGUACCUGACAAUGAAAGCUCCUCAGACUCUUCACUGUCUCCUCAAAGUCCAGGGAAGCCAUUAGAAGUUUCCAAGCAGCAAAAGUCAAAGUUCAAUUUGAAGGCCAUUUUUGCCUAUCACUUCAGGGGAAGGAAGUUCAAAGCUGCUGCACACCGAAAAUACAAAAUUCGCGAACAGAAGAGGAAGAAGAAAAAGUAUGAGAGCACACAGAUGCCCACAGGGAGGCCCCCACUGACAGCCUCACCUCAGGAACAAAAGAGGAGGCUUCUAGACAGAGGUUUUCAAUUCCCUUUUGUUGAAAAACAUUAUGGAGAGAAACAUAUUCCCUUAAAGAUGGUUCUUGGCUAUGAGCAAGCAGCUGCAAAGGGCUAUUUCAAGUAUAUUGAAGUGCUUAAAUAUGAAGAGCAUCUUAAAAAAGCUUUAAAAGCCCUUCAGGCCAGCGAUGACUUAGAAAAAGAGUGUAUGGUGUUACGGAAACACAAAUACUUAGAUGAUGAAGGCCCCAUUUCCCCUAUUGAGGAGACAGAUGAUGAUGAGGACAGCUUGAAUUCUGAUACUCAGGAACAACUUGAUGCCAGAGUAGUGGAGAACAGCUCUUUCAUUCUAAGCAGCAUAAUUCCCAAGAAAAAAAAGUCAAAGCUGGGAAGACAACAUGCCAAACCACCUGAAGUGAUUGAAAUAGUGGAUGAAGAAGAUGGUGCUGAAGAGAACUCUGUGCCUCUGCAAGGCUCACCUCGGUGAACAGCAGAUGGACAAAUGAGGUGUCAGUGGUCAUUCUUCAGAUACCUUUUCAUGGGCCUGUUUGGUUUAAAACAUUGAUCUGGAGUUCAGCUCUCUACCCAGCUGCUUUUAUGUUGGUUUUGGAAGAUGAAAUACCUCUUUGUUUUCUUGCUGCAUAAGGUAGAGACCUGCGCUAGGAAGCACAUCAGGUUGGCACAGUGUAUGUGGUUCUGAACUCCUCACCAUGAUUACCUUGGUUCAAGGUAAUGAACUGUCUUUAGGAAUGGAAAGCAUGGUAACUGUCAGCUUCUGCUGCUGCUAACAAUAAGCACAUUCACACUGCAGCAGCAGUUGUAACUACUUGGGGAUCUCUUGAGUUCUUAUGGCUGUUUGCUGAUCUGAUUCACAUAUCCUUUACUUCAGUGGACCUCUGUGCAGCAUAGUAGCAAAAGAGGGGCGUUCCUGUGGAUGUGUGGAACAGAUUGGAAAGCCUCUACUCAGGUGAAGUGCACCUGAUGUCCAGUCUGAACUAACAUCUUGGUACUUGGAGAUCAGUGAAGAAUAAAGAUGCAGGCUGCCAUUUCAAAGAAGUCUGAAGCUGCUUCAGGGGUUGCUUUAGGAUAUAGAAUGGACUGCCCUGAGUUAAAAAGAUGAAAGCAAUUUUUUUGACAGGGUCUGCCAGCAAGUUGCUGCGUGUCAGAGGGAUGAGAAACACCACGUAGUAGCUACCUUAGUGAGUGUCAAGAUCCUGGUGAUGUUGCUGCAAGCCUGCUCCAAAGAACUGCACAGCUGUUUCAAAUAAAGAAAAAACCUUCUCAAGAGUUUUUAUUGCAGUUUUUUGAAUUAAACAUUCAUUUUAA